AUGUUGAACAACGUUAGCUCUGAGUGCUUGCCCUCCUGUGAGGUGACAUGCACGCAGCCGUGUGCCUACAGCAGAAACCUUGAGCCCUGCGUCACCUCGUGUGGGGACUCCAGAGCCAUCGUGUAUGCCCCACCAGUCGUCCUCACCUUCCCAGGCCCAACUCUCAGCAGCUGCCCUCAGGAGAGCAUUGUGGGAACAUCAUUUCCCCAGAUGUAUGAUGCUUUGACCCCAUACAGCUCUGAUGAGUCCUAUGGGAUGGGGGGCUCCUUUGGUUCUGUGGGCAUGGCAGGGCCGGGAGGCUCCUUUGGGUAUGGAGGCUCCCCUGCAUAUGGAGGCUUCUCAGGAAUUGGGGGCUCCUAUGGAUCUGGGGGGUCCUUUGGGUAUGGAGGUAUGGUGGGGAUAGGGAGUUCCUUUAGAUCUGGGAGCUCCUUUGGGUAUGGAGGCUCCUCAGGGCUGGGGAGCUGUUAUACCAGGAGGUUCUACAGCAGCAGCCGUGGCUCUCGCCUUGGAAACCGAAGCUCAUUUUAA